AUGGCUAUGCCCUACCCUUUCACCAGCCUCCUCCUUCUCCUUGUUUUGCCCCUUUCCCAAGCUGCGAACCAGUCCCCACUGCCCCUUGGCUCCCUGCCUGCUGUCCCCACCCUGCCCCUCCUGCAGGCCCUGCAAACGCGGGCUCCAGGCAGCCUGGGCUGGCAGGCGGGGCCAGCCAGCGGACAGCCCCUGCGCUACAUGCUGAAUCUGUACCGGCGUGCUGCUGACCGCGAAGGCCGACCCCGCCGCAGCCGCAGCCUAGGCACCAACACCAUCCGCCUGGUGCAGGCCAGCUCCCAUGGGGGUCAGCCCUGGGCAGGUCGCUGGUACUUGCAGGCCCUCACCUACCACAUGGAGGGCCAGCCAGAGGUCGAGCACCUCCUCAGAGCUACUGUGGUCUACCUGCCCAGUCUGUCACUGGCCCACGGUCGCCUUCUCUGUGCUCUGGAGCUGGUGAUGGCUGGCGAGCCGCCCAGGGUGCUGCUCAGCCCUACUGCCCGUUCCCAUGAUGGCUGGGCCGAAGUUGAUGUCACCCCUUACCUGGUGCUGGGGAACAGCAGCAUGGGGAGCCUGGCACUGCGGCAUGUCUGUGUGCGUGCUGGCCGAGCAGGAGGCCACGAUGCCCCUGUGGCCCCCGGCCACCCUUUCCUCCUUCUCUACCUUAACGACACUCAGGCAGGGUUCACACCUCUGGCAGCAGAGCCCCACCGACACCGACGUGAUACAGGGACAUUGGCUCAUGACCUGCCCAAGUACCUGCGGGAGCAGGGAGGGGAGAAGAGUGACUGUUCCCUCCGCCCCUUCCCUGUCAGUUUUGCACAGCUGGGCUGGGACCACUGGAUCAUCGCUCCUCACCGCUACAACCCACGCUACUGCAAGGGCACCUGUCCCCACCUGCUCCGCUAUGACUUCCACGCACCCAACCAUGCUGUGGUGCAGAGUUUUGUUCAUCAGCUUGUGGAUGCCAAUGUGCCCCGGCCCUCCUGUGUGCCCUAUCGCUACAGCCCCAUCAGUGUCCUCAUGAUUGAGCGCAAUGGAGGCAUCCUGUACAAGGAGUAUGAGAACAUGAUUGCAGAGUCCUGCACUUGCCGGUAA